ACCCAGAAUGCAACAAGAGGCAACGUUCGCUGCGAUUGGACGUUGGUCAGAUCGCAUGAGGGGCACGCAAAGGAAACCUUACUACUAAAAAAAAAACAUUCCAAGAGAGUGAUGUCUGGACGAAGAGUGGUGGUUUUCCCCUCAGUGGCCGAGCUUGGACCCUCUCUGGCCCAGCUGGUGUCCUCUCGAGCAGAGAAAGCUCUCAGCACAGGUGGAAGCUUCUCUCUGGGCCUUUCAGGAGGGAGCUUAGUGUCCAUCCUUGGUAAGGAGCUGCCUGCUGUCCCAAGCCUGGACUGCAGCAAAUGGCUCAUCGGGUUCUGCGAUGAGAGACUUGUUCCUUUCAGUGAUCCUGAGAGCACUUAUGGAUUAUAUAAGAAUCAACUGUUUGAGAAAAUCAACAUUCCAGAAGAUAGGAUUUUGGCUAUAGAUCCUUCUUUACCUGUGAAAGAAUGUGCUGAUGAUUAUGCUGGCAAACUGAGCAAGGCUUUUAACACGGGGGAAAUUCCAGUUUUCGACAUGCUGUUACUGGGAAUGGGACCAGAUGGACACACCUGCUCUCUCUUUCCAGAUCAUCCUUUAUUACAGGAAACCCAGAGAACAGUGGCGCCCAUCUCUGAUUCCCCCAAACCACCGCCUCAGCGUGUCACUAUGACAUUACCGACGGUUAACGCUGCUCAGUGUGUAGUGUUUGUGUCAACUGGGGGCAGCAAAGCUCCUGUACUCAAGCAAGUAUUGGAGGGUGGAGAAGGCCCUGCACUUCCAGCAGCUUUGGUCGCACCUAGACAGGGAGAACUCUUCUGGUUAGUGGAUGAACCAGCAGCUGCCUCUCUCACAUCUCAGAUGGAGAGGCCAGGUCCUGGGGCAAAACUCUGAAUUUAGAGACAGAACUGAGACAGAACUUGUAGAAACACUGUCAGGUAUUCCAAUGGAGUCCUUAAAAGCCCUAUGUUUGCAAAGAUUUUUUCUUCACAGCACUUCCGAAAAUUAUCAUUAUAAUGAUAAUUAUUACUGCAAUUAUCGUUAUGACUGUGAAUGAAGCUUUCAGAAAAUGGAAACCAAAAUGGUUGAAUGAAUACAUCUUAUAUAUAUAUAUAUAUAUAUAUAUACACACAGUAGUCAACAUUUGAAGUGGAUCAGAAAAGUUCAUCAAAAUUGCCCUAAGACAAGAAUAGGUAUUUCUUUGAAAGGUUUUGAUCCACUUCAAAUGUUGACUACCAUAUGUAUAUAUAUAUAUAUAUAUAUAUACAUACACACAUAAACACGGUUUACUAAUACUAUGUUACCAUAGCUUUAUUAUAAUAACAAUGACUGUAUUUUGUUGAAAUAACAUGAUUACCUUGGUACAUUUUUGUUAGAUUGCCAAAAAAAUGUAAUAAAAUUGUACAAGUUUAACAUCCA